AAGAGACGAAAGGCCUCAUCCCUCAGAUAUGAUUCUUCCUCCCGGCUCAGUCAGCAGUGGGACGAGUCUCAUCUUUGCAAACGCCUUAUACUUCAAAGCAACUUGGAACGACACGUACUUUAAUGCAUCGAAGACAAAAGAGCAUGAGUUUCACCUUCUGAAUGGGGACUCGGUUAAGGGAGUGCCUUUCAUGACCAGCAAGUAUUGUCACUCAAUCGGUACCUUUGACGGCUUUAAAGUCUUGAGACUUCCUUUCAUGAAGUAUGACCAUGAUGACUUAUUAAAGGAUCGCUCACGUAACCGUAAAUACGACCCCCGGCAAUUCUCUAUGUUCUGGUUGCUUCCGGAUGCAACAGAUGGGCUGCCGGCUCUGGCCGAGAGAGUUUGUUCCGAAUCUGGGUUUCUAGAUCGCCAUAGAUCGUGUGGGAGUGUUAGGGUGGGGGACUUCUUGAUCCCAAAGUUCAAAAUUUCUUCCAGGUUCGGAGCUUCGGGUGUUCUGAAGAAAAUGGGGCUGGGGGAUGUUUGUAAUUCAAUGGAGAUUGUUCAUGAAUCUGUAAUAGAGGUUGAUGAAAAUGGCACAACAGCUGCAGCUGCAACUUGUGGUCAAUUGUAUUGUAGCUUAGGCGAACACUAUGAGCCCGAAGAAAAGGUAGACUUUGUGGCUGAUCACCCCUUCAUGUUUCUGAUAAGCGAAAACAUGACGGGAACGGUGCUGUUCAUGGGGCAGGUACUCAAUCCUCUUGCGGGAUGAUUAUUAUUGCUGGAAGAUAUGUUUACAGUAGUUUCAAUUCCUAAGAGAGUUAAUUUGGUUUCGCUAUGUUUCCUAUAGCUAAAUUUUAUUUUCUAGUUUACUUCUUGUUAACUCGUUGUGGACUUGCUGUUAUAUUCCUAAGAAAAGAAAAAAAAAUUCCUUUGUAACC